AGAGGGGGACCAGAUACGAGCAGAGUAUCAUCGGACUGGGGUCACAUCGGACCAGAGUCUCAGCGAAGCGGGCCCAGAACCCCCGGGGUUCGAUCAUUAUUUCAUUCACAGCGGCGCUGCAGAGUUUGACGUAACAAUAAAGAUCGCGCGAGUGCGUUUCAUUGGGACCUGUAACGAAAUUGGCAAAUGUAAUUGAUCGUCUCCGACCGUCGUCUCAUGUGACGGGCAGCAAAGUGGGACCGCGGGGACCCCCACAGGGGACCCCCACAGGGGAUCUUGUCCGAUGGAGACAUUCGAGAGCAGCAGCAGUAGCAGCAGCGCCGCGGGACAGGAGCGAUGGAUGGAGCAGCGCGACCUGGAGCGUGACUUGCAGCUCGCUGCCGAGCUUGGGAAGUCGCUGCUCGAGAGGAACAAGGAGCUGGAGUGUUCCCUGCAGCAGCUGUACAUCACCAACCAGGACCACGUGCUGGAGAUCGAGCACCUGACACGGCAGCUGGAGCUUCUGCGCGAAAACGGCGAGCGACACGCGCAGGUGUACGAGCACCUGGACGUGGCGUCACGUGACCUCGAGCUCGCCAACCGCCGGCUGCUGCUGGAGGGACGCAACUCGCAGCAAAGGAUAGCCGGGCUGUCGGAGCAGGUGGAGGGCCUGCAGGCGCAGGUGGAGGAGCUGCAGAAGCAGCUGGAGGAGCUGCGCAGGUCCGGCGAGGCGAGCGUGCGGCGCGAGAAGCGCGAGCGCCGACGCACGGUGCACGGCGUGCCGGUGAUGCACGACAUACGGAGGUAUUUAGGAACGGAGCGCGUGUCGGCCGACAUCCUGGCGAGCGGCCAGGACAGCGGCGCCGACCAGCGGGAGAGCGAGGUGCAGCGCCUGCAGCGCUCGGUCAAGUCUCUCAGCGCCAGCCUGGCUCGCGAGCGGGAGCGGCGCGGAAACCUGGAUCUGGAGCUCGCACUCGCGCUGGCGGAAAACUCCGACAUGGACCAGCGCCUCGUCGACCUGGAGCCCUGGCUGGAGCGCACCCAGGAGCUGGAGAAGGAGCUGCUGGAGAUGAGCCGGAUCCGGCUGUCCGAGGGCGAACGCCUGCAGCGGCUGCUGGCGACGGCGGAACUGGCGGCCGAAUCUUUGCUGAACGGGGACCGUGGCGUGGGCGACAUGGAUAUCGCCAAGCUGCAGAGCCUGCUGGGACACCCCGAAGCCGACACGGGGUCCAGCGCCGGGAGCUGCCGGGAGCUGGGGGACGGCACCGACGGGGACAAGACCGCGGCGCGCCAUACCCACGGCUCCGUGGACGAGCCAGGUCCCACAGCCAGGGGUCCCGUGUCCAUCCUGAGCGAAGUGAGCGAGCAGUACGCAGCCCUGCAGGCUCGCUACGAGGAUCUCCUGGCCAGGAUGCACGACCGGAAUGCGAGCCUGCAGCACCGCGCCGUCCAGACCGGCUCCGCCCACUCGGUCGGGCGGAACAGGGAGAUCGCUGCCGCCGCCACCGCCACCCAGGCAACCGCCGAAACCUCGGACGUCCCGGGAAGCUGGGCGGACAUCGGCACGGCGGCUGAUUGCGGUGCUUCACACGGUCCCGACGAACUCCCCCGCCGCGAAGAGCCUGCGAGCGGAAGGGCCGCGUUUGAUGCCGCAGGAGCCGGCAGCGCGGCAGCGCCGUGCGCGGAGCACGGCGCCGCUCGCGCCCUCGAGCGCGAGGCCCGGAGCGACACGCCCGCCGGUCCUCGCCGACGCGCCGUGUCAAGCGAUGGCAGCCGGAGCGCGGGCGAGGCUUGUCCCGGCGGCGGUGCCCGCGGGGAGCCGGCGGAGAGAACGGCAGCAGACGUGGUGGUGCAACACGUCCAGAGGGCGGAGCGGGGCGAACAGCCCGAGUACAAGGCACUGUUCCAAGAGAUUUUCAUGCACAUUCGGAAAACCAGGGAGGACAUUUGUGCUGCCAAGGCUUUGAGGGGCACUCCCAGGCCCCAGCACUCAUAACGCUGUCUCUCCAUUCAGGUGUAACCGAAGGUGGCGCAUUGAUAGAUGCUGUGAAAGGUUGGAUAUAAGCACAGCCCUUGGGAGCUGAUAUCCGAAGUAGUGGGUUCGUAUCAGAAGUUGCCCAUCCCCCUCCCCCCCCCAACCAGUGCAACGUAAGCAUGUGUUGCUCAUGUUAGUUGUGGUUAUAUCCAGUUUAUACUGUAUUUCUAAGCAGUGAUGUAAGAAGGUAUCCCAACACUGAACAAUUAACACUGCAAAUGAUUAAUUUGGGAUUACACAUGGCAACCAUUGCCCCGACUGCAAAAAUUUGGCAAGUCCCUCCUGGAAAAGUGAGGCCUUCCUUUGCAAACAAAAAUAAUACCGGGGCGGGCGGGCGGGCGGGUGAAUCUUCUCCGUACCGAACGAAAGCUCUGCAGCGUGGUUCUGUUGUAAGGCAGUGCUGCUGCUGCUGCUGAUGGUGGUGACUUUAGAUUUUUGCUUUACACGUACUGCCCACACAGCCCCUGCUGUGUUGUGAACCAAAAUCAGACAUCAAGUUACUUGUUAUUGUUAUUUUUGACACUUAAAAAAGUGCGGUAAAGGUUUCCACCAAGUGUUGAAACCAACCAGGUCACUAAUUCAUUCAUAACGAAUGCAAAUGUCUAACAAAGCAGUAAUUUAUUUGUAUUAAUUUAUUGUGAAAUUAAAAUGCAGGUAUUUCUUCAAGUUUGUAGAGCAAUGUUUAUCUGCAGACUUGUAAUGAACAUGAACAGCAUCAGACCAUGCGUAGGAACAAACAAAUGCUACGUCGUGUGAAAGUAAAUUAAGUUGAAUAAUUUGAGGUUCUUUAAAAAUUAUUACUGUGUACACUGCCUAUAAACAUAAAUGUAUAAAAGCGCAGAGUCUCGUGUCAUGCAUAUCUGGACUUCUCUCAGUGGCU